GUCAAAGUCAUUUUCGCUAUUUUGACUUAUCUAUCCGAUUCAUAACCUAAAAAUAUUAUUUAUUUUUGAAAUUUAAUAGUAAAAAUGUCUAAUAAAAAUUUGUUUAUGAAAUCGGCGUUUGUACGAGCGCCAUUACAGAAUGGUGUUGGUCGCUACGUAUGUCAAUUACAAAGAGUUGUUUUGAAAUUCUGUAAAAGUCACGGUGGGAGCCGCGGAAUAAGAGAUUUCAUUGAACAAGACCUAGUAGAAUUUGCGAAACAAAACCCGAGUGUGGUGGUUUACUUAAAACCUCGCAGACAUAGAGGGCCUGUUCUUGUUGCUGAGUAUUUAAAUGGUGAUAGAGUAUGGAUGAAUGUGCACAACAAGACUCACUCGGAAAUCACAAAAUGGAUGGAAGUACUUCGUACCCAACAAGGAGACAUUUCUGGAGCACGUCUCAAAAAAUACCAAUACACAGAUUAUCCAUCCGUCCAGGGUCCCUGGACUCCAUUCACUUUCAAAGACCCAGAACUCAAUAUAGCUUCGUUACCUGAUCCCAAGUUCGGUGCUAACAACAGAUUGUCUGUAUCUGCUACUGAAAAGCUAAGACUUAUGUUUGAGAAGCAAGCAAUUAGUGAAAAGGACGUUAAGACAGGAGAAUAAAAUAUUAAAUAAUAUGAACUUUUUUUUGUCAAUUUUGUAUGAUAUUUUAAAAAGAAGACCAACACGAUUGCUCCAAAGUGGUAUUGACAAAUACUAUUCAACAGUAAAUACCACCUUAUGUAAUUAGUUAAAAUUCUAAUUCUAUGAGGUUGUCCAAAUAGGUUAGGCAGCAUAACUUAUAUUCUAAACAUAGCAGAUGAUUAAAACCAAUUGGAUUACUCUGCAACAGAAGUAAUAUAAAAUUUAAUAAGUGGGAAAGUGUUUGUUAUGCUUUGUCACUCAAUCGAUCAUUAUGUAAUUUUGCAUACAUGUUUUCAUUUCAUGCACACACAUCUAGAAACUAGUAUGUAAUGAAAUUCAAUGAGAGCCUAGGAUGAACCUAUAACAGUUUUUAAUCAAAACUCUUAAAUUACAAUGUUUGGCAAACUCUAAAUUUGCUACAAUCAUUAUUUUUAUUUUAUCAAAUAGGAUGCCAACGUUAUAUAUUAAUAUAAAAUAUUGUAACUUAAUAUUCAAAAAAUAAGAAAUUAUCUUGACAAAAUAAAAUAAAAUCUUAAUAUCAUUUCUAUCUACAAUCUUGUUAAUCUUCCUUAAAAUUGUUCAUACAAAAUUGACAGAUGCUAAUAUUUAAUUACAAUUUGAAAGCAAAUAAUUGUAAUA